AUGAAGAUACACGAGUACCAAGGCAAACAGCUUCUCCGCGACGCCGGCAUUCCCACGCCACGCGGUAUUGUGGCCCGCACGGCCGAAGAGGCCUCCGCGGCGUUCAAAGAACUCGGCGGCAAGCUAGCCGUGGUGAAGGCCCAAAUCCACGCCGGCGGGCGAGGCAAGGGCACCAUCAAAACCAAUUCCGAGCAACGCGGUGUGCAAUUGGUGAAAAGCGCCGAAGAAGCCGCCACGGUUGCCGGCAACAUCUUGGGCAACGAGCUGGUCACCAUUCAAACCGGCCCCGAAGGUCGUGAAGUGAACCAGGUGCUGGUCGAAGAAGGCUGCGACAUCGCCCGCGAGUUGUACCUGGGCAUCGUCGUCGAUCGUGGUAGCGGUGGCCCGGUUCUGAUGGUUUCCAGCGAGGGCGGCGUCGAAAUCGAAAAGGUCGCCGAGGAAACCCCCGAGCUGAUCUACAAAGAGCCCUUCCAUCCCGACAGCGGCCUGCAAAGCUAUCAGGUUCGCAAGUUGGCAGCCAAGCUCAAGCUCGAAGGCAAAACCAUCCGCGCGGCCGACAAGUUCAUGCGAACGCUGUGCAACUUGUUCGUCAAGCACGAUUGCAGCUUGGUUGAGCUGAAUCCGCUGGUCGUCACCGGCGAUGGCGACCUGCUGGCACUUGAUGCCAAAAUGACGUUCGACGACAACGCCUCGUUCCGACACAAAGAUCUCGAAGAGCUGCGAGACCUGAACGAAGAAGAGCCGAUGGAAGUUCGCGCCGGUAAGGCAGGCCUCAGCUAUGUGAAGCUCGAUGGCAACAUCGCCUGCCUAGUCAAUGGUGCUGGGCUCGCGAUGAGCACGAUGGACCUCAUCAAAUUGCACGGCGGAGAGCCGGCCAACUUUCUCGAUGUCGGCGGAGGGGCCAACGAAGAUCAGGUCACCGAGGCCUUCCGCAUCUUGCUGGCCGACGAGAAUGUAAAGGGCGUGCUCGUCAACAUCUUCGGCGGCAUCAUGCGGUGCACGACCAUUGCCGACGCUUUGGUCGCAGCCUACCGCUCCGUCGGGUUCAAUGUGCCGCUGGUCGUACGUCUCGAAGGCACCGAGGUCGAACAAGGCCGGAAGAUCCUCGCCGACAGCGGUGUCGAUAUCAUCACGGCCGAAGGCCUCACCGAUGCCGCCAAAAAAGUGGUGGCCGCCGGCAUCACGGGCAAGACCGGCCACUUCCAUACCAAGAACUGCCUGGAAUACGGCACCAAAGUCGUUGCCGGUGUCACGCCCGGUAAGGCCGGCGAAAAGGUCGAAGGCGUUCCGGUGUUCGAUACCGUGUUUGAAGCGGUGGAAGCAACCGGCGCCAACGCCACCAUGAUCUACGUCCCACCCCCGUUCACCGCUGACGCAAUCCUAGAAGCGGUCGACGCCGGGAUUAAGGUCGUCAUCGCCAUCACCGAAGGUGUGCCCGUGCUCGACAUGGUUCGUGUGUACGACAUCGUCCGCGAUUCCGAUUCGGUGCUGAUUGGCCCCAACUGCCCCGGAGUGAUCACCCCCGAGGAAUGCAAGAUGGGCAUCAUGCCCGGCUACAUUCACAAGAAGGGUCCCGUCGGUGUGAUGAGCCGCUCUGGCACUCUCACCUACGAAGCCGUGUGGCAGCUCUCCGAACUAGGCCUCGGGCAGAGCACCUGCGUGGGGCUCGGCGGCGAUCCAAUCGUCGGCACCUCGUUCAUCGACCUGCUCAAGCGUUUCGAGGCAGACCCCGCCACCGAAGCCAUCAUGAUGAUGGGUGAAAUUGGCGGAACCGCCGAAGAAGAAGCCGCCGCGUUCGUGAAAGAGCAUGUCACCAAGCCGGUGGCCGCAUUCAUCGCCGGCCGCACGGCCCCUCCAGGCAAACGCAUGGGUCACGCCGGCGCGAUCAUCUCCGGAGGCAAAGGCACCGCCGAAGAGAAAAUCGCCGCACUCGAAGGCGCCGGAAUCGUCGUGGCCGAAAGCCCCGCCGACAUGGGCACCGCGCUGGUGCGAGCGAUGAAGGCCAAGUAG